AUGUCGGAGCGCGUCCAUGUUGUUGUGCGUAUCCGCCCCUUCAUCGCCUCUGACCCGCCCGAUGCGGAGCUGAACACGCUCGUGCUCGACCCAACGCACGUCAGCGUGGGCAACGGCCGCGUCUUCAAGGCGGAUCGAGUGUACAUGAUGGAGGACGCCACGGAGGUCAUCCACGCCGAGUCUGUGGCGCCGCUGAUCACCCGCUUUCUUCGGGGCUUCAACGCCAGCGUCCUCGCGUACGGCCAGACAGGGACGGGCAAGACCUUCACGGUGCAAUCCCUCCUGCCUCUGUUGCUGACGGACAUCAUGGCGGACAAGGGUCUGCGCAGCGGCGCGGCAGGGGCACCCAACGCAGAGACGUCGACGUCGCUCAUGGCAAAAGUACCACUGCUGUACCUGCAGUACGUUGAAGUGUACGGUGAGGUAAUCCGCGACCUGCUGGAAGGCCCAGCCGCCGCCGCGUCGCGCUGCGACGGCGAAGAGCCCAGCAAGAUCCGCCUCGUGACGACAACGGCACCGGGGGCGAGGGCGGCCAGCCCGUCUCCGGAGCGCGCGGGCCGGCAACUGUUUCCCAUAGACGAACGUGACGCCGCAGUAUCGCCGACGGCAGGUUGUGCUCUUGUAGGCGCCACCAUCGUUCCCAUCUUCACGCUCGCGCAGGCGGCGGAGCUGAUCGCCCGCGGUGACACUCGACGCGCGACCGGGUCUACAAACGUGCACGCGCACUCGAGUCGAAGUCACGCCAUCCUAACCCUCUUUCACGCUCGCUACGCGUGCCGGCUCGACGUUGUCGACUUGGCUGGCUCAGAGCGAGAGAAGAAGACGGGAAACGUGGGCGUGCGCUUCCAGGAGAGCAUCGCCAUCAACACCGGACUGCUGGCGCUGGGCAACGUCAUGCGUGCGCUGAGUCGCAUCCAUAGAGCUGCCAACGGCAAGGAGGCGGGCCGGAGUGGCGGGGCAGGGCAUCAACGGUCGCAGCACGUCCCCUACCGCAGCAGUCGUCUGACGCGUCUGUUGCAGGACACCCUCGGCGGUAACAGCGCCACGGUACUCAUCGCCUGCGUUGCACCCGACACGUACAACCGCGAUGAGACGCUGCGGACGCUGCAGUACUGCUCCCUCGCACUGCGCAUUCUGAACGAGCCACUGCAGCAGUACGAGCGACUUCGACGCGCGCAGUCGCCGCUGUGUCGUCGUGGAAGCCCCUCCGCCGCCGCCGCGGUCUCGCCACUGUCGCUGCGCGAGGGCACACACACGGCCGCCGCAGCUACGAGGGCUCGCAGGGACAGCGACGCGGCAGACGAGCCGAAGGUAACCCAGCUGAAGGUGCUCGAGCUGCAGUCUGCAUACGCCAGUCUCCAGCAGCAGUACGACGAGCAAGCCGAGGUGAUCGCCAGCAUGUGCGCGUCGCACGCGACAACGAAGGAGCGGCUGGCGCUGUGCGAACGGGAGCUCCGCAAGGACGAGGGCAUCUUCACCCAGCAAAUACGUGCCAUGCAGGAGCUCGUGUGCGAGAACCGAAAGCUGCGGCGGCGGCUCGCGAAGGCGUGUGCCCCCACCACUACAGCAGCAGCGACCGCUGGACGCGAUAAAGCAGCCAUGGCGCACGACCCGCUCUUCCGUGGCGGUGAUGACCUGCCUCAGCCCGCUUGCACAGAGAUGGACUCGCACCAUGGCGACAAGAACCUUACGGACGCCGUGCGUCACCUGCUGCUCGCUGGUGAUCGCGAUGCCGCGGGCAGAAUGGGUGUCUCACUGCAGCUUGCGCCCUCGCACUCUCAAGGCCACCGUCAGCAACACUCAGCCGCAGUAGCUGCCGCCGCAGCUACUCGACCGCCGCUGUCGGCUCAUUCGCCGCACCGCCCCCAGGACGUCAGGGAUGGUGUCACAGACCGCACUCAGUACGCGCCACUCGAAGAGUUACCGCUGGCAGUGGUACACCAGGCCGGGGUGCGGGUCGAUGAUGGUCGCGGAGGUGCAGAGACACCGACAUACCCAGCGGCGGAGGGCCGCACAGAGGCUUCUCACGCGCUGGACGGCAUGACGUCUGGCGGUGCUGCUGCUCCAACUCCUGCAGAGCCUGCUCAGUCGUUCAUCCGCUACAUCCUGGGCCUGCAUGGCAUCGAUCCAGAGGCUGAGCAAGCAGGUGGCGUUGACGGUGGUGACGGAAGAGGGCGAGCAGGAGCGGGAGCGGUGGCGGCGGCGGCCACGUCUCUCCAGUCGUCCAUCCGCAAAUCCGCGGCCACGAGCGUAGGUGGGGUGGCGCUGGAACCUGCAGAAGUAUCGGAGACAACCGCAGGGAGCAGCCGCGAUGGCCACACGCGACGGGAGGGUGCGCCAUCGCCUCUGGGCGACGCUCUGUCGCGCCGCGCCGACUGCUUCACCGCGUCCCUUCCUCCGCACACGAUGCAGGCGCUCUCUGAGGGAGUGCACAGCAGCUGGGAGAGGCAGGUGGAUCGCCGGGGAGGCGGCACUGAUGCAGCUCAGCAAGACGGCUCGACGGUGCUGCUGCUGGCGACGGAGGUGCUGCGUUGCCGAGGAACGAAUGCGGAGCUGCGCAACCAGGUCCAGGUACUUCAAGCAGAGCUGGAUGGCAAGCAGCGAGAGGCAGCGCUGCUGCGUCUGGAGCUGCAAGAAAUGAAGGAACUCUUCACGACGUAA